AUGGUCUCGCCCGGUGGUGCCCCGCGGGCGGGCGAGAAAGGAGGGGCAAGUCGGGAGGGGGGUCUGGCGUGGGGAGCUCACACAAAGCGGGAAGCACAAAGGCUAAGGCUGCCUCCAUUCAGCGCUCCCGCGCCGCCUCCCGCCCAGCCCGCGGCUCCGGCAGCGCCGCCCCGCCUUCCCCGUGUCGCCGCCCCUGGAGCCUCGGCGAGGGCAGGACUCCCCAGCGCCGCGGCGAGGGCAGGAGGCCGGUUCCUGCGGUGUUCCCCCGUCAGGGCAGCGCUGCCGAUGCUGUGGCCGCUGUGCCUCGCUCUGGCAGCCGCCGCGGGCGGGGCCGGGCGGCCGAGCGCCGAGCGCAGCGCCGUGUGGGGGCCCGGGCUGCGGGCCCAGGCGGCGCUCCCCGCGCGGUACUUCUACGUGCAGGCCGUGGACGCCGCGGGGCAGAGGUUCACUUCAUCACCAGGUGAAAAUGCAUUCCAGGUGAAGAUCACUGCUCCUGAUGAACAGUUCACUCGGGUUGGUGUGCAAGUGUUAGACAGGAAAGAUGGUUCCUUCCUCGUGAGAUACAGGAUGUAUGCCAGCUACCAAAACCUGAAGAUAGAAGUCAAAACUGGAGAUAAACAUGUUGCACAGUCUCCAUAUAUUUUAAAAGGACCUAUUUACCAUGAAAACUGUGACUGCCCUCAGGAGGACAGCAGUGCAUGGCUGGAAGAGAUGAACUGCCCUCAUACCAUUCCACAGAUUCAAAGAGACCUAGCAAAUUUUCCCACUGUUGAUCCAGAUAAGAUUGCAAAAGAAAUUCCGCAGAGGUUUGGACAAAGGCAGAGUUUGUGUCACUACACCAUCAAAGAUAAUGAGGUUUAUAUAAAGACAUAUGGGGAACAUGUUGGCUUCAGAAUUUUCAUGGAUGCCAUACUGCUUUCUUUGACAAGAAAAGUGAAAAUGCCAGAUGUAGAAUUUUUUGUUAAUUUGGGGGACUGGCCUCUGGAGAAAAGGAAGUCCCCACAGAACCUGCACCCCAUCUUCUCGUGGUGUGGGUCCAAUGAGUCAAAAGAUAUCGUUAUGCCAACAUAUGACUUAACAGACUCAGUUUUGGAGACUAUGGGACGAGUCAGUCUGGAUAUGAUGUCAGUUCAAGCCAACACUGGCCCAUCAUGGGAAGACAAGAAUACCACAGCGUUCUGGAGAGGACGUGACAGCCGCAAAGAGAGGCUUGAGCUUGUAAAACUCAGCAGAAAAUAUCCAGAGACCAUAGAUGCUGCUUUCACAAACUUUUUUUUCUUUAAACAUGAUGAAAGCCUCUAUGGCCCCAUUGUUAAGCACAUUUCAUUUUUUGAUUUUUUUAAGUAUAAAUAUCAAAUUAAUAUUGAUGGCACAGUGGCAGCAUACAGAUUGCCUUAUCUACUAGCAGGAAACAGUGUGGUGCUAAAGCAAGACUCCAUAUACUAUGAGCAUUUCUAUAAUGAGCUGCAGCCAUGGAAACAUUAUAUUCCAUUUAAAAGUGACCUGAGUGAUCUACUAGAAAAACUACAGUGGGCAAAAGAGCAUGAUGAAGAGGCAAAAAAUAUUGCAAAAUCUGGACAAGAAUUUGCAAGAAACCAUCUCAUGGGAGACCACAUUUUUUGUUACUACUUCAAACUUUUCCAGGAAUAUGCCAGCUUGCAAGUGAGUGAGCCAAAAAUCAGAGAUGGAAUGGAGAAGGUGCCACAGCCUGAUGAUGACCUUUUCCCGUGCACUUGCCACCGAAAAAAGGCCAAAGAUGAACUCUGACAGAAAGGAAUUAAUUUUUUUCAGUACUUGCCUACAUUGAGACUGUCUU